UUCCCACGCUCCUCUCCCCGUUCACAAACGAAGCUGAGCACCAAGUCGGGAUUCUCUCACUCUUUCUCGCCGGCGGGAAUUCCGGCGACGUCUUUUGGAGGGGUGAGUGCUCAGGGCACCAACGAAUGCUUUCUAGUUUAGUUUUACUCCUGAGUUGUUUUCACCUUUUUGGAACCCCGAGAAAAGAUCCGAAACCCAUUCUAUGACGUUUCUGAAGAAAGCAAGUUUUCCAUGGGGCGCAGGAAGAAAAAUGAAAAGAGCAACGAAACAAGUCCCCCCCAGAAUUCUCUUAUAAAAAAUCUUCUAAAGGGGUUUCUGUUUAUAUGUUUAUUUUCCUCUACAUGGAUUGCCCAACCCUCCAAUUCAAUGCACUUUAACUUGAUAUUAAGCUACCAAUUUCACCUCCCCUUAUUCUGAGAAGUUUGAAUGCACCAUUUCCCUCUGUCAACGCGUAAUAGCUUAAUAGUAUCCUCGUAAGCGAGGCCACUACGUGGCAACUCCUAGGUGUUGCUCUUUAAUUUGGUGUAAAAUCUUCCCCAUGUUUUCGAGAUAGAUAGAGCCUGGUUUUACAUUUCUGUUAAUUCACAUUUUAUACGAGGUUCAGAUCCAAAAGACCCGCUUUUGGUUAAGGCUGCAAGGGGAGAUCCUGUUCCCCGCCCUCCAGCAUGGAUGAUCCGGCAGUCAGGAGGGUAUAUGGCUGCUUACAGAAAGCUUGCCGAGAAAUAUCCAUCCUUCAGAGAGAGGUCAGAGACAACUGAUCUCAUUGUGAAGAUUUCUCUGCAACCUUGGGAAGCUUUCCAUCCUGAUGGGGUCACUGUUUUCUCUGACAUACUUACCCCACUGCCGGCAUUGGGUAUCCCAUUUGACGUGGAAGAAGCUCGUGGCCCUAUUAUUCACUCUCCGAUUCGUUCUGAGGAUGAUUUGAAAGCACUGCAUCCCAUUGACUUGGAGAAACUUCAUUUUAUGGGAGAAUCCCUUGGGAUUUUGCGUCAUGAGGUUGGGGAGCAAGCUGCAGUUGUGGGUUUUGUGGGCGCACCUUGGACAAUUGCUACUUACAUAGUGGAAGGGGGUAAAUCUAACACAUACACCACCGUAAAGAGCAUGUGUCAUUCAGCACCUCAUGUGUUGACGGCUAUUCUCUCUCACUUGGAGGAGGCAAUAUCUGAUUAUAUUGUUUAUCAAGUGGAGUCUGGGGCUCAAUGCGUACGAAUAUUUGAUUCUUGGGGUGGACAACUGCCGCCGGAUAUGUGGGAGCGCUGGUCAAAGCCUUCUAUUGAAAAGAUUGUGAAUGUUGUGAGGAAGACGUGCCCUGGAAUACCACUUGUUCUUUACAUUAAUGGAACUGGUGGCCUUCUUGAACGGAUGAAAGGAACUGGAGUAGAUGUGAUUGGGAUUGACUGGAGAGUGGAUAUGGCAGAUGGAAGAAAGCGGUUGGGCAGUGGAAUCAGCAUACAAGGAAAUGUGGACCCUUCUUAUUUAUUUUCUCCCCUUCCUGCUCUGACUGAUGAAAUUCAUAGGAUUGUGAAGUGUGCGGGGCCAAGAGGACACAUUCUUAGUCUUGGACAAGGCAUUCCUGUUGGGACACCUGAAGAAGCUGUUGCCUAUUUCUUUGAAGUUGCUAGAAGCUUGAAAUUAAAUAUGCUUUUUGAUGAUCAUAUUGCGGAGGAACCUCAAUCAGUGGUUUGAGGACAGGAUAUUAGUUAAGCUUGUGUCGCUGAUCACCUUUAAUAAAUUGGUUGUUAGCUUUGAGUUUGCACCUUAAUCCUGUGCCAUGAUUGCUUGAUCCGUCAGUGGCCUGGAUGUGUUUAGUGUUUGUCUCUUGAAGUUUCCUACAUGCUUGUCAGUGAGCUGACUCAUUCUGUUAUAUUUUUAUCAGUAACUGUUGAUACUCUGAUGAGUUAAUAAAUUCACUUAUGUAACAUUA